UCUGUGGAUGCCGCUGAAGAUGUGGUUGUUUCCACUUGUCUGUGUUCGCCUAAGCUGUGGUAAGCACAGACUAACAGCUGCUGGAAUUUACCGCACGGUGCGCAAGGUCCUCGACAUCGACGGCUGGUACGACCUUGCCACUGAGUAUCUGGAGUGCAAGCGGUGCAAAAAGAAGUAUCCUGCCUGGUCCGAGGACAUCUUAGGACAGCUGGAUAUUGGCCACCGUAGUCAGUUCCCAGCUUUGCUGACAUACAGAUACUCAUGUGACAACCGGGUAGUUAGGAUGAUGAGGGAGAGGACACUGGGCAACAGUGUGACUCAGCUUUUCAAAAAGCUGAUGGAGCAACACAGUGAGGCAUGGACACAGCGAGUCUUGCAGUACCUGACUGCCUGUGAACCAUUCACAAGGUCCUCCCUUGUGCAACCUCCUGUGUUUGCUGAGCCUCCCCUCUUACCUGCCAUACCCAAACCUAAGUGGCUGUUAGCCGUCUAUGCCAGGGAUGUUCUGGGGCGACUGCACGAGGUCAAGGCCAAAAUCACCUCCGUCUUUGGCUGUGUUCUAAAGAUGGACUCCACAAAAAAGGUAUGUUUAUAUCCAGACAUUUGCCAGAUAUGGAUAUGUGUGCGUACAUAUUUAACACAGUUUUAUUUUUCCUAAUAGAUCACAAAGAAACUUGCAGGUGCUGCUGCGGGAACAGCUGCCUGGUGCACUAAUGUGGGGAACGAACACGGUCAAGUCCUUGUCUCUGUGCUGUCAGCUGCCGAGGGUCAUGGACUGGACCCAAUGGCGGCCGGGCUGAUGAAGCGUUACCGGGAGGCAGGAGAGGCAGCCCCGAAAGUAAUGUACGUGGACAGAGAUUGCUGCAGUCAGCACGGCCAGUCUCCGGUGAAGAUCAUGUUUCGGGAGUGGGAUGAGCUUGAAGUGCGCCUUGACAUCUGGCAUUUUAUGCGCCGGUUUGCUGCAGGUGUCACGACAGAAGCUCAUCCGCUCUACGGGAUCUUCAUGGCACGUCUGUCCACGUGCAUCUUUCAGUGGGAUCCAGAAGAUGUGGCCGCUCUUCGCCAGGCAAAGGAAGGUGAGCUGGCGGCAAAAAAGACUGGCCACAUUUCACAAACGGCUCUCAGUGCUCGCAUAAACCGGAGGGAGCUAGCACUGCACUGCCGUAGGAGGACCAGAGGUGUGGAGGAGACCACCUGUCUGAUUGGAAAGCUGUUGGACCAUUUUGACAGCGAGCAUGGGAAGGACACUCUGGGUGUUG